ACUACGGAGGCUGAGGAAAUCUCGAUGAACCAGGAGAUCAAGAUGCAGGCGGCAGCCUUCAAAAACAAGAAACGGGGGUCCCCAGCCAAUGAAGGUGCAGAUGACCCUGCCUAUGAGAAUAUCACCUUCAAAACCCAGCACCAGCCAAAAGGCAGUCACUCACCACCCAAGAACAAGGCCCAGUCCAAGCCAGCCUCCAACCCUGCCCAGGUCCCCCAUUGGUUGCCUAGAGCCACGAUGAGCCUGUAUGUUCUCCUCGCUCUGUCCUGCGUCGUCCUCUUAGCCUUUGUCCUGGUGAAGAAUUCCAAGAUGUCCCAGGAGCUGCUGGUCUUGAGAAUGGAGCUCCAGAAGGUCUCUCUUUCGGUGGGAGAGUGCCAGGACGAGGAGAAGAAAUGCUGGAACGCUGUCAAGCAGGGCAUUGACACGGUCAAGAGCAAGGUCCAUGAAGGGAACCAGAAACUGAAGACGCUGGCGACAGCCUCAGACAUGAACCAAAUCAGGACUACAUUACAGAAAAUCCUCCAGACGCUGAAGAUGCUAAAUCCACAGCCCACACCUCAAUAAAAGAAAAGACAUCAAAGCCCUGGCUACACCUCGGAGGACAAGAUAGCACCUCUCAGUGAAGAUGGAAAAUAGGGCUCCCAGCCUGGUCUGAAGCUGCGGUUUAUCCCACGUGUAGAAAAUCACGUGUCUUGGUGAAUGUGUUGUGGAGUUGCGUGUGUGCCUAUGUGCUCGUGUGUCGGGGUAAGCACUUCAUGGAGGGUGGGUAUUUCCGUGUUUCCCACAGGAAGGUGUUAUGGGUGAAUGUUGAAGGUGGGAGUCACAGC